AUGGAGGACCACAUUCGUCACAGUCUCUCUAACCAUCCCAUUGCUUUGCAGACUUUGCAUAGCAGCCCCAAUCUCCACUCAUCCCCCCUUCCCCAUAGAAUGUCAUCACGACCUUUCAACGAGGGCACCUCCACUGCCCUGGAGCCUGACCAGCUUGUGACCCACCGUCACGACAGUGGUGAUGUUGAUGCUGAAGGCCAGUCUCCGCCUCAAUACACUCCCGAGACCGACCCGUACAAGUUGGCCUCGAAAUUGAAGACUGAGGAGGAACUUCGUCAGAUCAAGGCCAAUACUUCGCGAAAGCGCAAUGCUACAAAGCAAGACGCGACACCAACAUUGCUGGACAAGGGAAAGCAAGCGCUUGUCACGCGCAAACUGCGAAGCUUCUACGAAGACCAGAACGAGAAUAUUGAGCGCAUGUUGAAGCCUGUCGAAGAGCAUGUCCGGGACGCAAAGGAGUUGAACGAGGAGAACAGUAUCAAGUACAAGAUCGCCGUGUGGGCCAGUUUCGCUGCCAAUAUUAUCCUUUGUGCUGUGCAAAUCUACGGCGCUGUCUCGUCUGGUUCUCUGUCGCUGUUCACUACUAUGGCUGACGCUAUCUUCGACCCUCUGUCAAACAUCACUCUGCUUUUAUCUAACAAGGCUGUCAACCGUGUCGAUCCUCGCAAGUUCCCUGCUGGCAAGGCUCGUAUCGAGACCGCUGGUAACAUCACCUUCUGCUGCUUGAUGACCGCAGUCUCAUUCAUUAUCAUCGCUUUCUCUAUUCGUGAGCUCAUUGAAGGCUCUACCACACUGACUGCUUCUUUCCAUUUGCCCUCCAUCAUUGCCGUCUCCGUCGCCUUUUUCACCAAGCUCGCUCUUUUCUUCUACUGCUUCGCACUGCGCAAUCAGGUCUCUCAGAUUCGUAUUUUGUGGGAAGAUCACCGCAACGACUUGAUCAUCAACGGCGUUGGUGCUAUGACUUCUGUCCUGGGUAGCUGGGUUCGCUGGUGGAUUGAUCCGAUGGGUGCUAUUAUUCUGUCGAUUCUUAUCAGUGUUUUGUGGCUGCACUCUGCAUAUGGCGAGUUCCAGCUCCUGAUUGGUGUGACCGCGGACGCCAAGAUGCAGCAGCUCAUCACUUAUAUCUGUAUGUUGCCCUGGCCUUUUGGUUCUUUGAUCAUGUUGCUAAUAAUCUACUCAGCUAUGACGCACUCUCCACUUAUCAAGGCCAUCGACACUGUCCGGGCCUAUACAUCUGGCCCCCGUCUCCUCGUUGAGGUGGACAUUGUUAUGGACCCCAACGACUCUCUUCGCGCCACCCAUGACGUUGCCGAGGAGUUGCAGUUCAAGUUGGAGUCCCUUCCAGACGUGGAGCGUGCUUAUGUGCACGUCGACUACGAGACAACUCAUAAGCCAGAGCAUUUCUUGAAAAAGGAGCUGUAA